GUUUCAAACAGCUGUGCUGUGGUAUCAGGCCGCGCACGUUUUUCUUUUAUUUACAAAUUCCGUUGGCAGUUAAAUUUUGCCAAACUGCCACAGAAUGAUGGAUAAUUUAAUGCUAAAUGUAAAUGUGAGACCAGGAAAUGAUAAAAAGCCUCCAAACAAGACGCCAAUACAGAAACGUGUUGUCAGGCCCAGUGGAGGAGCUAAUGAGAAUUUUGAUUUCCAAUUCAAUGCGGCGGAUAAGCCCAAGGCAAAGGCUAUAGUAGUGAGGAGAAGACGUUUACCCACCACCUCUACGCCCAGUGCCACACUCAAGCCCAGCACAGGAGACGACUUAAUGUUCAAUGUGUCGACAACACCAAAAGUUCCAGAGAUUAAGAAGAUUUCCAAACCCGCUGAGACACACGGUGAGGAUCUGAUCAUAAAUGUGACCACCAGCCAGCCUCAAAUCUCUUCUCUGGUGGGCCAGAAACCCAAGGCCAAGUUGAGUCGAGCCGAACGCCUGGGUCAGAAAAAGCGUGGCCAGCAGCCGUUGGUCAAGUUAACGGACGAGCAAUUGAAGCGCAUUCAGCGCCGACCACAGAAUCCCAAUAAAUUGCCACGACCCGGUGAUUUGUUUAAGGCCGAAAUGGAUGAACAAAGACGACAAAAGAAACUGAACGAGGAAGUCAUAGAGAAACAUGCAGAGAAUAAGAUAGCUGAGGAAGUUGAGCAACAGGAGAAGACCGAAUCCAACAAGGAGGAGACACAAAAGCCAAAACCAACGAAUCGAUUUCGUACACCAAAAAUUGGUCUCUUCGAUCAGAGUGAUGUGGAGGCGCUCCAGCAAUUGGGCCAACGUGCCGUUAAGCCAGUCAAAGAGACAAUAUUCUCAACGAGUAAAGUGAAAAGUUUGCCCUUGCAUCCGCAUGCGGUGAAGAAUCUAGAGGAUUUACUUAGCAUACGCGACCUGACGACAGUGCAAGAGAAAGCCAUACCACAUAUAUUGGCUGGCAAAGAUGUCCUGGUACGAUCCCAAACAGGAUCAGGCAAAACAUUGGCCUAUGCCCUACCUUUAGUCGAAAAACUGCAGGCACAAGUGCCCAAAAUUAAGCGUACCGAUGGUGUAAUGGCUCUAGUUAUAGUACCCACACGAGAAUUGGUCAUGCAGACAUAUGAGCUCUUGCAGAAGCUAGUGAAACCCUACACAUGGAUAGUGCCAGGGUCAUUGCUAGGCGGCGAGAGUCGUAAGAGUGAGAAGGCUCGCCUUAGGAAGGGCAUCAAUAUACUGGUGGGCACACCUGGCCGCCUAGUUGAUCAUCUCCUGCACACAGCUUCAUUUAAGUUGACAUCGUUGCAGUUUCUUGUUCUCGACGAAGCCGAUCGCCUGCUAGAGUUGGGCUAUGAACGCGAUGUCCAACAGCUGGUCGAGGCCAUAGAUAAGCAAAGAGCUGAAAAUGAGAUAGUCACCAAGAUGCAGCGUCUCCUGCUAAGUGCCACAUUAACGACACAAGUCCAACAGUUGGCCGGGCUUACGCUCAAGGAGCCGCUCUACAUUGACAAUAGCGAUGAGGCCGCCAGUUUGGCCCUAAAUGGCAAAAGCGGCUACCAAAAAGAGUCCAUUGAGGCGCAAUUGGGUGAUGAUGGUCUAGGCGAAUAUCAGGAGGAUGUAACCGGAGUGCUUAGCAUACCAGAGAAUCUGCAUCUUAGCUAUAUUGUUGUGCCGCCAAAGUUACGCCUGGUGGCCAUUUCAGCGUUGCUGGCCAAGGAGCUGGCAGCUAGUCCAAAGCAAUUUAAAGCAAUUAUCUUUAUGAGCACAACGGAAAUGGUUAACUUUCAUCAUGAUAUGCUCAAUGAGGCUCUAACUCAGCGUGUUCUUGACGAGGAUGACGAAAAAUCUGAUGACGACGACGAUGACAAUGACGAGGGAAGGCCCCUGUUGCAGGGACUACGUUUCUUCAAAUUACAUGGUUCCAUGACACAAACAGAACGCCAGGGCGUCUUUCAUGGCUUCCGCGAGUGUCCCAGUUGUGUCCUGUUGGCUACCGAUGUUGUCGGACGUGGCAUCGAUGUGCCCGAUAUCAAACUUGUGAUCCAGUACACUCCACCGCAGACAACCGCUGAUUUUGUCCAUCGUGUGGGCCGAACCGCACGAGCCGGACGCAAGGGUAGAGCCGUGCUCUUUUUGGCCCCAAGCGAGGCUCAGUUUGUGCGGCAUCUGGAGAAGAAGAGGAUACGCAUUCAGCAGGGUGAUAUGUAUGCCUAUUUGCAGGCCCUUUUGCCUCGCGACGAUGAGGCGCGUACUGUGCAGGAGGCGGCCUCCAAUUUGCAGCAUAAAUUUCAGACACUUCUCGAGGAUGAUCGGGAAUUGCAUGACAAGUCCUGCAAGGCUUUUGUCUCAUGGAUGAAGUUCUAUUCGACAUUUCCCAAGGAACUGAAACCCAUAUUUAAUGUACGCAUCGCUCAUAUGGGACAUUUUGCCAAAAGUUUUGCCCUGAAAGAGGCACCGACUAAAUUUGCCAGCAAACAUGCAGCACCUAAACCAGCACCGCCAACCAAUCGUUUAACCUAUACAGAAAGAGAUCCCGAGAGAAUGCAACAACAGAAACGCAAUAAGCGGCGACUCUUUACCACAACGGUAAAUGGUGAAGUGCGUCAAAUGCAGCAACAGAGCAAUGAAAAUCGAGGAGAUGGAGCAACGAGAGCAGGAGCUGGAAAAAUACCAGGACCAGGACCAAGAGAAGGCGGUGGCGGUGUCGGUAUCGGGCGCAGCAGUUUCAUGAAAAGUCUAAGCAAAUCCCGUGCUCUGAAUAUAUCCGAGUUUGAUAGUGGUCUACCAACAGCGGGACAGCCCAAGAGGCGCAAACAGUAGCCAUCAUCCACAUCCCCAUUCACAUCCACAUCAUCGUCAUCCUGAUUUGAGGAGCAUUUUGAUGUCUGUUCAAGCAUUUAAUCGAAAAUAAAAUUGCAAGAGCAAAAAUGAAAAUCUAA